UGGCUGGCUGGGGAUCAUGUGCCGCGGAUACCAGGUUUUAUCUCGGUCGGCUCUCGUCGUUACACGGAGUGGCAGAAUCUAGCGUUGGAAGCUACGACUGACACCCGAUCCGAAGAAAUGGAGGUCAAGAACCCGAUGGUGCCCGCGGUGGAGCGGCCCGAGUAUAAAACUCCGCGCGCAAUACUCCAAAGACCGAAGGCAACGUUGAUCCAGCGUCGGAAAGUCAAGGCGAGCCAGGAUCUAGGUAUUCCUGACUGCCCACCCUCGGACGAGUCGCCGCCGGACAAGUCGCCGUCGGACAAGUCGCCGUCGGAGAUGCGACCGUUGGAAGAGGCGCUAGAAGAUCUCGAUCAAGUGUCGCUGGAAAUGUGGGUGAUACAUCCGCUGGUGGAGAGAACUACAGACAUGGGAGCAAUGCGGGAAGAAGAUGACCGAAAUGAAAUCGAGGAAGUCAGCACAUCGGAUCUGGACCUUACCUGGGACUCAGUUCAAGAUUACGAUGAAUGCGUGUAUUACCAUGAAGGAAGCGAUCUAUACGCCGAAGACGUCGAUGGCCAGAUGGCGGUGCUGCCAGAAGUACCUGUGACGACGGAAGAUGUGAGGAUCGAAGAUAUUCAACUAUGCGGAUCUGAUAACCAGACUCCAGAAGAAAUUGAACGACUUAGCCAAAAGAUCUGGAAGUUCCGACAUCUCUUGAUCGGUAAGGGAAAUGCCCUUCCGCCGGCGGCUAGAGGCGUCGUGUGCGAUAUCGAUGUCGGGGGAGCGAGACCUAUCGCCCUCAAGUGCCGUAAGUUGCGGAUCCAGUUCAGAGAGAAGGUCGCAGACCUGGUCAAGGGACUAUUGUCUGCCAAGAUGACCAACUAUUCCAGAUCACCAUGGGCUUCCCCAAUCGUGGUGAUCAUCAAGAAGAAUGGGGUGGAUAUCAGGCUAUGCAUCGAUUAUCGGUUGGUUAAUAGUCUGACACAACUGAUGGUAUACCCAAUGCCCUUGAUCAACGAUCUACUCGAAGAUCUGGAGUCGACACUGUGGUACUGCUCCUUGGACAUGGCAAGUGGAUUUUGGGUAGUGAAAAUGAUGGAUCGUGCUCGGUUGAUCUCGGCUUUUAUCACUUCCUUUGGGUUAUUUGAGUGGAAUCGAAUGCCUUUUGUCUUGAAGAAUGCGCCCAAGAUAUAUCAACGUAUGAUCGACAACGCGCUAUAUGGGUUCACCCGGAUCCCGAAGUCUGAAGAUCACGGAAGUGCUUUGGAUGUGUUCGAGGACGGGGAACCGGCGGAUCCGGGCAAGCCUUCGGUGCUUGGUCGCAGAUCAUAUAUCGAUGACAUCCUGAUUCCCGCCGAUAACUGGGAUCAACUAUGUGGAGUACCUUGGACAUAA